GUGUUUCUGUUUCCGGUUCCGGCGAUGCUGCUCUUUUGCCCGACCUGCGGGAACGUCCUGAUUGUGGAGGAGGGACAGAAAUGUUAUCGUUUCGCGUGUAACACCUGUCCGUACGUUCACAACGUCACCCGGAAGGUAACAAGCAGAAAAUAUCCCAAGCUUAAGGAAGUCGAUGAUGUGUUAGGUGGAGCUGCUGCUUGGAAAAAUGUUGACUCUACAGCAGAAGCCUGUCCCAAGUGUGAACAUCCUCGAGCAUAUUUCAUGCAAAUACAAACCAGAUCUGCAGAUGAACCCAUGACUACAUUUUACAAGUGCUGCAAUCCAGACUGUGGGCAUCGCUGGAGGGACUAAGUUUAUACGCUGAAUCUGUGACCUAAAGAAAUGAUGUAUAUUGUACAUGAGAUUGCUAGAUUUGUAAUUGUCAUUAAAAGCUGUAUUUCAUUUGCUUUU